AUGUCUGCCGCGCCAGGAUCCUGUGCGGGUGUGGAGUCCGCUGCCUCGCGGCGCCGGCGAGCGCAGACGGAGAACGACAUCUCUGUUGAGCGCCUGCGCGAGACCAUCUCGAACCCGGGCUCGGUCAAGAUCAAUGUUAAGGGCGCCUUUAUCCUGGACGAGGACGAGCGGGCUGCGGCCCAUGGGCGAGACGAUGCCGACGGCGUUCACUACGAGCACAAGGAUAUUCGCCUCCCUCACCAUACAGACGUGGUCAGCCAUGUCGCCGUCGAUAUUGGCGGGACGCUGGCGAAGCUCGUCUACUUUUCUCCUGAGAUAAGCCAGUCUGGUAGUGGUGGUCGACUCAACUUUAUAAAUUUCGAGACAAGCCGGAUAGACCUGUGUAUCGACUUCCUGAAGGAGUUGAAGGAGAACCACAAGAAGAGGAAUGGCUCGGCUCCGUACGAGCUCUGUGUCAUGGCUACCGGUGGAGGCGCAUACAAGUUCUACGACAUGCUCAAGGAGGCUCUGGGGGUUAACGUACUCAGGGAGGAUGAGAUGGAGUGCCUGAUCAUAGGACUCGACUUCUUCAUAACGGAGAUCCCGAACGAGGUGUUUACCUACAGCGAGACGACGCCGAUGCAGUUUGCAGAGGCCAGGGCGGACGUAUACCCGUAUCUGCUGGUGAACAUAGGCUCCGGUGUCUCGAUGGUCAAGGUCUCGGGCCCUCGACGGUUCGAGCGAGUAGGCGGAACUUCACUUGGUGGAGGGACGUUCUGGGGCCUCAUGGCCCUCCUGACCGGUGCUCGCACGUUUGACGAGAUGCUGGCCAUGGCAGAGCGAGGGGACAACAGCGGAGUCGACAUGCUCGUGGGCGACAUCUACGGCACAGACUACGGCAAGAUCGGGUUGAAGAGUACAGCCAUCGCUAGUACCUUUGGCAAAGUCCUCAAGCUGAAGCGGCUCGAGGAGAGGAAUGCUGAGAAUAGCGGCAGCGAGUCGCCGACUUCAGAGCAGGACAUCUCUCAUUUCUCCCACGAAGACAUGAGCCAGAGUCUCUUAUUCGCCAUAAGUAAUAAUAUCGGCCAAAUUGCAUAUCUACAAUCUGAAAAACACCAGAUCAAACACAUAUACUUUGGAGGCUCGUUUAUCCGAGGCCACCGCCAGACCAUGAACACUCUUUCCUAUGCUAUUAGAUUUUGGUCCAAGGGAGAGAAGCAGGCCUACUUCCUGCGCCAUGAAGGCUACCUGGGAGCCGUCGGAGCAUUCCUCAAGCGCCAGCCACAGCACUGGGGCCGCAGGAACAGCAUCGAGAAUGCCACGGCCGCCCGCUUCAACCAGAGAUAA